CAAAGCUGCACUUUGCCUGACUUUCUUACAAGCAUCUUCCCCACCACACCCUCCUCCAGAUCCUUAAGAAAACAACUGUUCUCGUCUUGAGAGUCCUCCUAAGACAAACACAAAAACAGGCCUGACAUCAAUGGUGGGUGGUUGCCCUGGCAGCGAAUCAGGGAGCUGCAUGAAGAGAAGCUCCACCUCUUUGCAGUAAUUCCACACCUCGAGUAAAUCAGUGAUUGACACCUUCAGAGAAGCUCCUCCUACAUCAAUCCACCAAUAAAUACCAGAAACCAACAAGCAGAAGAAUCACUUCAGGUGUGAGAACUGAAAUCUUCACACUGUUGUUGGAGUCACUGGAAGAGAAGCUUGAGAACACAAGAGAUCCAGAACUACAGAGAACACAAACUGAGGGGUCUGAAGAACACAGAGAUAUGAUGGAAGUGAAUAAGGACAGUCACGAGGAUUUAAAAGAUGCUGAAGAAAAACAUUAUGAUCUGGAAGGAGCUCUGAGAAUAGGCGACAAAAGGCAACACAUGAGAACUCACAUCAGAGAGAAACCUCACACAUGUCUACUGUGUGGAAAGAGUUUUACAAAAACAAGUAGCCUUAAUACACACAUGAGAAUUCACACCGGAGAGAAACCUCACAAAUGUCUUCUGUGUGGAAAGACUUUUACAACUACGAGUUGCCUUAAGCUGCACAUGAGAAUUCACACCGGAGAGAAACCUCACACAUGUCUACUGUGUGGAAAGAGUUUUACACAAACAAGUAGCCUUAAUACACACAUGAGAACUCACACUGGAGAGAAACCUCACGCAUGUCUUCUGUGUGGAAAGACUUUUACAACUACAAAUUACCUUAAGCUCCACAUGAGAAUUCACACCGGAGAGAAACCUCACGCAUGUCUUCUGUGUGGAAAGAGUUUUACACAAACAAGUAGCCUUAAAACACACAUGAGAAUUCACACCGGAGAGAAACCUCACGCAUGUCAACAGUGUGGAAAGACUUUUACACAAACAGAACACCUUAAGAUUCACAUGAGAAUUCACACUGGAGAGAAACCUCACGCAUGUCUACAGUGUGGAAAGACUUUUACGACUACAAAUUACCUUAAGCUCCACAUGAGAAUUCACACCGGAGAGAAACCUCACGCAUGUCUUCUGUCUGGAAAGAGUUUUACACAAACAAGUAGCCUUAAAACACACAUGAGAAUUCACACCGGAGAGAAACCUCACGCAUGUCAACAGUGUGGAAAGACUUUUACACAAACAGAAAACCUUAAGAUUCACAUGAGAAUUCACACUGGAGAGAAACCUCACGCAUGUCUUCUGUGUGGAAAGACUUUUACACAAACAGGUAACCUUAAAACACACAUGAGAAUUCACACCGGAAAGAAACCUCACGCAUGUCUUCUGUGUGGAAAGACUUUUACACAAACAGGUAACCUUAAAACACACAUGAGAAUUCACACUGGAGAGAAACCUCACGCAUGCCUACAGUGUGGAAAGACUUUUUCAACUAUGAGUCACCUUAAGAGACACACGAGAAUUCACACUGGGGAGAAACCUCACGCAUGCCUACAGUGUGGAAAGACUUUUUCAACUAUGAGUCACCUUAAGAGACACACGAGAACUCACACUGGGGAGAAACCUCACGCAUGCCUACAGUGUGGAAAGAGUUUUACACAAACAGGAAACCUUCAGUCACACAUGAGAACACACACCUGAGUGAAACCUUACGGAUUCGAUUAGUGUGGAAAGAGAUUUAACAAUACAAGUCAUAGACACAUGAGAACUCACAUGCAGAAUUAAAAAUGGCUGCAGUGUCCCCCAUUCUUAAAAAUCCUUGAUCAUCUAAAUAUGAACAAUAACAGGCAAAUCUCAAAUUGACCAUUCUUAAGUAAAAUUCUUGAAAAGUGGGGCUUCACAAUUGAGAUUUUACUUAAAUGCUAAUGGCCUCUUUGAAUAUUUACAGUCAGAAUUUCGCUCAUCACAUAGCACUGAAACUGCGCUUCUUCUUCAUUAAAUCUGCCACUGCGCUGGUUUUACAGGGUGUUCCUCAAGGUGCUGUUCUGGGUCCACUUAUGUUUAUAAUUUAUAUUUCUCUACAUCAUAUGCAUGCAUGGACUUCAAUUCCAUUGCUAUGCUGAUGACA